CCACUUACGCACUGCGCUCAGCUGGUUAGCGUUGAGAAGGGGCUGAACAGGCUUUUCCACCAUGCGGGGAAAAGUUCUGGCCAUCGUCUUCUGCAUCCUAGGCUCUGCCAUUUCAGCCAGAGCUGUUGAAUUAGGGCAGCAACAAGAGCAUGUCAGUCUCACCUUGGAACCAGCAACAGUCGCAGGGGUUACGGCAAAUGAUGUCACUAGCCUUUCAGGCGGAGCAUUAGGCGGCGUCACCAGCGCCACAUCAAGCGUUGCUCCUGGUGUGGCUGGAGGUUACGUCACCACUGGUGCUAUAGGAACACCAUGGGGAGCUGCUGGCUUCCCGUAUAGUUCUUGGAGUGGCUAUCCAGGUUUUGGUGGUUUUUCAAACCUUCAUGGGGGCUACUACGCCGGCUACCCUGCCCAUGGAAGUUAUCUGUCUCGUUCAUCCGGGCUUUUUGGUCCUUCCAACCCAUGGGGAUACCCGUAUGGUAGCAGUUAUAGUUCUCUAGGCUACCCUGGUGCUCUAAAAGGACUUCUCGGAGGAUAUCGUGGAAAUCUUGGACUUCUAGGAGGUUAUCCAGGCCUUUCGGGAGUGUAUGGAAGCCCACUCGGUCUUUCAGUUCUGUACGGAACAUACCCAGGAUUCGGACGCCUGCCUGGAGUUCUGGGAAGUUACCCAGGUCUGACGGGACUUUCAAGUUUGUAUGCCGGAUACCCAGGUUACUUGGGAAGCCUGAGCGGGUUUUCCGGACCAUUAGGCCUACUCGGACGUUAUCCAGGGCUUUCAGGAUUGUUAGGAAGCUAUCCUGGUCUUAAUGGUCUCUCGGGCUUGUAUGGAGGAUACCCAGGUCUCACAGGUCUUUCCGGAGUGCUUGCCGGUUACCCCGGCUACUCGGGUCUUUCGACACUGUACGGAAGCUAUCCCGGUUACAGCAGUUACUUGUCCCGCUCAUCGGGUGUUCUUGGAGCUUCUAGCCCAUGGGGAUAUUCAUAUGGAAGCAGUUACGGUUCACACGGCUACCCAGGAUCUCUAGGAGGUGUUCUCGGAGGACUUGGAGGACCCCUAGGCCUUCUUGGACGUUACCCAGGACUUUCCGGCCUUUAUGGAAGCUCACUUGCUCUUUCAGGUCUCCCUGGAAGUUACUCAGGACUCGGACGCUUGUCUGGACUUCUGGGAGCAUACCCUGGUUUGACAGGACUUUCGGGCUUGUAUAGUGGAUACCCAGGUUCCUUGGGAAGCCUGAGUGGGCUUUCCGGACCUCUAGGACUACUUGGGCGUUACCCAGGGCUUUCAGGAUUGUAUCCUGGACUUAGUGGCUUGUCCGGAUUGUAUGGAGGAUACCCAGGUCUUACCGGCCUCUCAGGUGUGCUUGGAGGUUUCCCUGGUUACUCCGCCCUUUCCGCAGUAUAUGGAAGCUAUCCAGGCUCCAGCAGUUACUUUUCCCGCUCGGGUCUUCUUGGCCUUUCUAGCCCAUGGGGAUACUCCCACACAAGUGGUUUUGGUUCACUAGGCUACCCAGGUUCUGUAGGAGUUCUCGGAGGACUUGGAGGACCCCUAGGUCUUCUUGGACGUUACCCAGGACUUUCUGGCCUUUACGGAAGCUCACUUGCUCUUUCAGGUCUCUCUGGAAGUUAUCCAGGCCUCGGACGCUUGUCUGGACUUCUGGGAGCAUACCCUGGUUUGACAGGACUUUCGGGCUUGUAUAGUGGAUACCCAGGUUCCUUGGGAAGCCUGAGUGGGCUUUCCGGACCUCUAGGACUACUUGGGCGUUACCCAGGGCUUUCAGGAUUGUAUCCUGGACUUAGUGGCUUGUCCGGAUUGUAUGGAGGAUACCCAGGUCUUACCGGCCUCUCAGGUGUGCUUGGAGGUUUCCCUGGUUACUCCGCCCUUUCCGCAGUAUAUGGAAGCUAUCCAGGCUCCAGCAGUUACUUUUCCCGCUCGGGUCUUCUUGGCCUUUCUAGCCCAUGGGGAUACUCCCACACAAGUGGUUUUGGUUCACUAGGCUACCCAGGUUCUGUAGGAGUUCUCGGAGGACUUGGAGGACCCCUAGGUCUUCUUGGACGUUACCCAGGACUUUCUGGCCUUUACGGAAGCUCACUUGCUCUUUCAGGUCUCUCUGGAAGUUAUCCAGGCCUCGGACGCUUGUCUGGACUUCUGGGAGGAUACCCUGGUUUGACAGGACUUUCUGGCUUGUAUAGUGGAUACCCAGGUUCCUUGGGAAGCCUGAGUGGGCUUUCCGGACCUCUAGGACUACUUGGUCGUUACCCAGGGCUUUCAGGAUUGUAUCCUGGACUUAGUGGCUUGUCCGGAUUGUAUGGAGGAUACCCAGGUCUUACCGGCCUCUCAGGUGUGCUUGGAGGUUUGCCUGGUUACUCCGCCCUUUCGGCAGCAUACGGAAGCUAUCCCGGCUCCAGCAGUUACUUUUCCCGCUCCUCGGGUCUUCUUGGCCUUUCUAGCCCAUGGGGAUACUCCCACAUAAGUGGUUUUGGCUCACUAGGCUACCCAGGUUCUGUAGGAGCUCUCGGGGGACUUGGAGGACCCCUAGGACUUCUUGGACGUUAUCCAGGACUUUCCGGCCUUUACGGAAGCUCACUUGCUCUUUCAGGUCUCUCUGGAAGUUACCCAGGCCUCGGACGCCUGUCUGGACUUCUCGCAGGAUACCCUGGUUUGACAGGACUUUCUGGCUUGUAUAGUGGAUACCCAGGUUCCUUGGGAAGCCUGAGUGGGCUUUCCGGACCUCUAGGACUACUUGGGCGUUACCCAGGGCUUUCAGGAUUGUAUCCUGGCUUGUCCGGAUUUUAUGGAGGAUACCCAGGACUUACCGGCCUCUCAGGUGUGCUUAGAGAUUUCCCUGGUUACUCCGCCCUUUCCGCAGUAUACGGAAGCUAUCCAGGCUCCAGUAGUUACUUUUCCCGCUCGGGUCUUCUUGGCCUUUCUAGCCCAUGGGGAUACUCCCACACAAGUGGUUUUGGUUCACAAGGCUACCCAGGGUCUGUAGGAGUUCUCGGAGGACUUGGAGGGCCCCUAGGUCUUCUUGGACGUUACCCAGGACUUUCCGGCCUUUACGGAAGCUCACUUGCUCUUUCAGGUCUCUCUGGCAGUUACCCAGGCCUCGGACGCCUGUCUGGACUUCUGGGCGGAUACCCUGGUUUGACAGGACUUUCUGGCUUGUAUAGUGGAUACCCAGGUUCUUUGGGAAGCCUAAGUGGUCUUUCCGGACCUCUAGGACUUCUUGCGCGUUACCCAGGGCUUUCAGGAUUGUAUCCUGGACUUAGUGGCUUGUCCGGACUGUAUGGAGGAUACCCAGGUCUUACUGGCCUCUCAGGUGUGCUUGGAGGUUUCCCUGGUUACUCCGCCCUUUCGGCAGCAUACGGAAGCUAUCCCGGCUCCAGCAGUUACUUUUCCCGCUCCUCGGGUCUUCUUGGCCUUUCUAGCCCAUGGGGAUAUUCUCACGCAAGCGGUUUUGGUUCCCUAGGCUACCCAGGAUCUGUAGGAGGAGUUCUUGGAGGAGCACUAGGUCGUCUUGGACAUUACCCAGGACUCUCAGGAUUUCUCGGAGGCUUCUCAGGUCUUAAUGGUCUAUCUGGAUUGUACGGAGGAUAUUCGAGUCUCACUGGUCUACCAGGUUUGCUCGGGGGCUAUUCAGGUCACUCCGGCCUUUCUAGAUUGUAUGGAGGCUACCCAGGUUAUGGCAGCUAUUUGAGCCACUCAUCCGGACUUUUUGGACUUGACAGCCCAUGGGGAACUUUAUAUGGCAGCACCCUUGGAUCUUAUGGGUACCCAAGUUAUCUGACAGGACGUUAUGGGGGGCUUCUUGGACGUUAUCCAGGGCUCUCCGGGCUGCACGGUAGUUCUCUUGGUCUGUCAGGACUUCUUGGUUACCCUGGCUUGACAGGACUAUCGGGUUUAUACGGUCGAUACCCAAGCGCUCUGGGAGGUCUUAGUGGCCUUACAGGACCACUGGGACUCUUCGGACGUUACCCUGGUCUUUCUGGUUUGCUCGGAGGCUACUCAGGUCUAAACGGACUUUCUGGGUUGUAUGGAGGAUAUUCACGCCUCACAGGUCUUUCAGGCUUGCUUGGAGGCGAUUCGGGAUACUACGGCCUCUCUAGUUCAUACGGAGGCUACCCAAGCUACGGUAGCUAUUUGAGCCGUUCAUCUGGACUUCUUGGACUUACCAGCCCAUGGGGAACCUCAUAUGGGAGAACCCUUGGAUCUUAUGGCUACCCAAGUUAUUUGGGAGGACCUUAUGGUGGAUUUAGAGGCCCUCUAGGAGUUCUUGGACGUUAUCCCGGUCUGUCUGGAUUGUACGGAAGCUACCCUGGUCUGUCAGGCCUCUACGGAAGUUACCCAGGCCUCGGAAGUUUGUCUGCACUCCUUAGUGGCUACCCUGCCUGGAGGUACCCAUCUGCCUAUGGAGGUGCGAACGGCGUGUGGGGAUAUCCAUACGGUAGCGGCCUAAGCCCAUACGGCUAUGGAAGUUCAGUUGGCCCAUUCGGAUACCCUGGCCUUUAUGCACGAGGCGUUGGUGCAUUCGGGAACUAUGGUCCAUAUGGGUCUUGGGGCUACCCUGGUUUCUACGGUAACGGAGUGGGUCCUUUAGGUGCAUACGGUUAUGGUCCAUUCGGAGGAUAUGGUCCUUUCGGCAGCUCCCUUGGGUACCCUGGAGCAUACAGUAGUGGAUUCGGUCCCUUUGGUCCAUUCGGUUAUGGUGGACCCUUCGGCGGCUACUACGGCCCGUAUGGUCCCUCCGGAAAAACGUUUGGUCCCUUAGGCCAAACGUUUCCCGGCCCCUUAGGAACGACCACUUCAACUGUCGUCCCUACUUCCCAAGGACCAUCUGUCACCAACACUGUUGUGCCUGAGGUUGUCAAACCAGCUACAACCCUAGUCACUCCUGAAGGCCUGCCUACACUGCCCGUUAGUGUUGCAACUGGUUCAAAGGGCAUCAAGACCCUAGUAGGCUGAAAUCUCGGCAAGCGCAACAAAAACUGUUGGCGAUGUCGCAAUCACAUCCCAAGCUACACUUCGCGCAAUUAUCAAAUACAAUGGACGCUUUCGAAUAUAUACGGGCGCCUCCAGCGCAGCAGUGAUGGUGUAAAGACUUCCUAGGUUGUUUUUAAAAAAUAAACAGCUCAUAUCGCA